AUGGCUUACGCGGCGUGGUUGACACCGCCAUGUGGCCUUGAACCAACCCAGGGCGAAGGCCAGUUCGCCACGCCAAGCUACAUUAGCGACGGCGAGAUCCGUAAGUCGGCAUAUGCCUCAUGGUUCGAUAAGCCAUACGAAGAUUUGGUGCCGACGGUGGGCAAAGGGGAUAUCGCUUUGCCCGAAGACACAUGUGCCGAUGCCUUCGUGGAGGCGGCAGCUGAGCAAGCGAUGUGGGAGCCGCCUUCGCCGGGUAGCAACCAUGAGCCGAGAAGUCCUUGGUUCCUUUGCUGGCGCGAUAGGCGUACGGAGGCAAGAGACUUCCUCCGGUACCUGGUUUAUCCCAAUUCAGCGGUAUCGUUCUGCGAAGAAGCCCUGCUAGACUUCCACAUGACCAAUUUCCACCGAUUGCGCUUGUUGUGCGCGGUGGACAUGCGUGUCUACAUCCGACAUGUGUUGGUUCUCGGGGGAGUCACCAUGCGCGACUUGAAAGAUGGUCCAGAGUUUCCGAUACGCGCCUUUCGGAUGUAUUAUCAUCGUUGGUCGGGUACAAUGGUUGAUGUGGACGAAGCCACCGGCAUGUUAACGCGGCGCAUGAGCCUGCCAUUUUUGUUCCAUAGCGAGGAUCGCUUGAACCGGAAGGGUCUGGGAAAGGGGUUUCUGUACCGAGGCGAUGACAGUGCGACGACCGGAAGCGAGGAGUAG